CUCGACCGACCUCCUGUGGCGACCGACUUUACUCAGAAUCAUCACUCUUUUUGUUGCUGGUCAACUAAUCGGUAUAGUUUGUGUACACCACUUCAUCUAAUCAUGCGACCCACUUCUCUCGGUCUCGCUGCCACCGCCUUGCUGUCCCUGGUCGGUGUGCCUGUCUCGUUCGCUUUCCCCAUUUCUACGUCAACUGUCUCUUCUCGUGCGGUUCCGCCGGCAGGCUCAGGCUUGUUCAAUCCAGGCACCCUCUCGCACCCUCUGGUUCCGAUAACGGACGUUGUUUCUGGAGUCGCGCAAGACGAAACAGGCACAAAAAUGAAAUCUGUAUGAUGUUUGGCCGCAGUUCGCUGACAGCCUGUUGUAACAUAUCCUCCUUUAUAAUGAAACGUAAUACGUCACGUACAGGCGGUCAGAGUUCACAGUGUGGUGGCAUAGAUCACAUUUUCUGUCUAUGAGGGCUGCGCCCAGCGGCUCACACCAAUCCAGCCCUGUCCCCUAGUCAAGUGGCAGC